UAAUAAUUGCAGCAAUGAAUGCAAAUGCAAACCAGGCAGCUGGUGCUUUAGCUGUCAGUCCAUUUCCCGCACCACCCGACUAUGCUCAGCACUACACAACUGAACGAAUCAGCCAGGGCGCUGUGCUUCCACCGCCACCGGUGCAGACUGUAUUCACCGUAUUUGGGGAAGAGUAUCGCUUGGAGGAUGAUAUCAUCAGAUCGCUUGCUUCGCAAAACAUAAAGCAACUGUACCCGACGAAGUACGACUGGAAGACAGAGAUGAAAAAAUUGAACAGGAGUGUGGUCGUGGCUUUUCUCGAUUUGCUGGAUAUCUUAGUCCGAUGUCCAGAUAACCCGGAAAGAAAUGAGAAGAUUAAUGACAUACAGACUAUCUUCAUCAACAUGCAUCAUCUCAUCAACGAAUAUCGACCGCUGCAGGCUCGUGAUACAUUGAGAAUGAUGCAAAGUCAGCAACUUAAGGAAUUAAAAAAGACUGUAGAAAGGUUCAAAGGGCAUUUAACGGCAGGGAAAGCAGCGCUACGUGAAGAGCUUUCCCUUUCCGACUUGAAGCUUACGCCAGUUCCUCGUCCAUCACCUUUAACAGGAAUCGAUAUUGACUCAGAUGAAGAGAAUAUGCCGACACUUGUUAAAAUGGAGACUGACGUCGAUGAAGCUACUACAUCCAUGUCAGCAUUGAAGCUAGGACCACGACCGUCACGAACUCAGUUGAAGCAGCGGCGAAGUGCCGAUGCGAAUUUGCUCAGCGAGUAUUAGGAGCAAAAUGAGGGAUACAGCUUUUUUCGAAUUGUUGGUCAUGACUAUAGCCUCAUAGCUUAGCCUACCUCCUUAUAAAUGUCUGUUUUGUAGCAAGGAAACCAUCGUACUAGCUCAGUAUGUAGAAGAAUGAGGUAGUCGAUCUAAAAUCCUUGGAAGGAUCAUGUUUCUUGUUGUUUUGAGAUUGUUUUCGAAUAACGAUUCGACAUGUUGAACGCUUUUGUUGCCUUUAGCAUCGUUACAGACGUCAAGGCGGUCUUCCUACAGCUGAUUCCUUGAUUUUAUGUAAGCACUUGCCAUCAUGGAAGAAGUGCAAACAUUUUUAGUUCAACAAGCACGUUUCUAUUAUUGAUUUCCACUGUCUUUGUACAGUUCCGUGACGACCACUUGCAUGAUACGUAAUCGUUUUCCUUAUCGGGUACAGGUCUAUGGUAAGACGAGUGCUGCUGUUUUCUGUGGAAGAUCAUUUUGUUUUUCGACAUUAAUUUUUUUUAAUACGGGUAGAUUCUUAACGGAGGUUGCUUUUGCUUUUAUUUUAUUACUU